AUGGCAGAAUCCAGUGUUUCUUUGGCUCAGGAUCAGUUCAGCUGUUCAAUCUGUCUAAAUCUACUGAAGGAUCCAGUGGCCAUUCCCUGUGGACACAGUUACUGUAUGAGCUGUAUUACAGGCUGCUGGGAUCAGGAUGAUCAGAAGAGAGUCUACAGCUGCCCUCAGUGCAGACAGACCUUCACUCCAAGACCUGUUUUAGGUAAAAACACCAUACUGGCUGAAGUGGUGGAGAAAAUCAAGAAGACAAAACUCCAAGCUGCUCGUCCUUCUCAAUGUUUCAUUGGAUCUGGAAAUGUGGAGUGUGACAUCUGUACUGGGGACAAAAACAAAGCCGUCAAAUCCUGUCUGGUGUGUCUGGAAUCUUACUGUCAGACCCAUUUUGAACGUCAUGAAGAAUUUCACUCUGGAAAGCGACACAAAGUGACUGAUGCCAUUGGAGAAUUAAAAGAGAUGAUCUGCCCUCAACAUGAUAAACUGAAGGAAAUAUUCUGUCGUACUGACCAGUGCUGUAUAUGUUAUAUGUGUAUGGUAGAUGAACACAAAAACCACAACACUGUAUCAGCUGCUGCAGAGAGGACUGAGAAACAGAAACACGUGGAUGACACCCAGAGAAAAUUCCAGCAGAAAAUCCAGGAGAGACAGAAGGAGCUUGAGGAGCUGAGAGGGGCUGUAGAGUCUCACAAGCACUCUGCACAGGCAGCAGUGGAGGACAGUGAAAGGAUCUUUACUGAGCUGAUCCGCUCCAUUGAGAGAAGCCGCUCUGAGGUGACACAGUUGAUCAGAGAUCAGGAAAAGGCUGAAGUGAGUCAAACUGAAGGACGAUUGAAGCGAAUGGAGCAGGAGAUUGAAGAUCUGAAGAGGAGAGGCACUGAGCUGGAGCAGAUUUCACACACAGACAAUCACAUACGUUUCCUUCAGAGUUUCCAGUCUCUCUCGGUUACUCCUGGAUCUACAGACUCGCCCAGCAUAACUGUCAGUUCUCGUCUCUCUUUUGAUGAUGUUGGUGAAUCUGUCGCACAUCUGAGAGAGAAACUGGAACAUUUCUGCAGAGAGGAGAUAGAAAAGAUUCAUGAUAAAGCAAAAUAUAUUGAGAUCAUUCCCACCCCUGAAUACAAGACAAGGAACGAGUUUCUACAGUAUUUCUUACAGUUCAGAGUGGAUUCAAACACGGUACAUAAAAACCUCCGUCUGUCUAAGGGGAACAGAGUGAUAAAAUACACUUCUGAAAAACAGAGGUAUCCUGAUCAUCCAGACAGAUUUGACACUGUGGAGCAGGUGUUGUGUGAAGAGAGUGUGUGUGGAUGCUGUUACUGGGAGGUUGAGUGGAGUGGUGAGGUGGACAUAUCAGUGUCAUUUAAGAGCAUCAGCAGGAAGGAAAGGGGUGAUUAUAAUGAUGACAGUUGUGACCCAUGUGAGUUUGGACGUGAUGAUCAGUCCUGGAGUUGGUUCUGCUCUGACUCUCGUUGCUCAUUCUGGCAUAAUAACGAAGGGACUGAACUCCCUGUAGUCUCCAGCUCCUCUAGAAUAGGAGUGUAUGUGGAUCACGGUGCAGGAACUCUGUCCUUCUACAGCGUCUCUGACACAAUGACCCUCAUUCACAGAGUCCACACCACAUUCACUCAGCCUCUCUAUGCUGGGUUUGCGAUUUAUGGUGACUCAGUUGUGAAACUGUGUGAGACAUAAAAAUAGAGGAUGCAUACAGUAGACUGUGCAAACAAUAUUGUCAAACAGCUUUAAUCAAUAAAUCAAUAUACUACAGCUGAACUUAUGUUAUUAAAAACAAGUUCAUUAAAUAUUAUUAGAGCUGAAAUAUUUAAUCAGAUUG